GGUAGGUUGCCUAGCGAUCCUGAGGAAGCUGAUGUGUUAUUCCUUUUCUGCAGCGAAGGAUCAGGAAGUUUGUGCUCUUUCCUUGGCUGGGAAGUUUUUCACCUACUAGGACAAGGGUAGGGGACUGGGUGGAGGACAGGUGUUCUCCUAAAGUAGAGUGCAAGCUGCAGCCUCCCUCGGGCCGUAACCCAGGAGUAACGUCAGUUACAACGUUAAAGACCUUGUGCUAGUUGCUAUGGAGAAUAAAAAAAGCCUAAGAAGACAAUAUCUCUGCCCUCAAGAAGUUUACAGUUGAGAGACAGCCAGACUAUAAUAAAUACUUUAAAAAACAGUUCAGAAUGACCACUUUAACUCACCGUGCCCGUCGUAUGGAAGUAGGCAAGAACCCUGAAAAGAAGGUAGAAAGUGAGGAAGAUUCUAAUCAAGACAGGAGUUCAGACAAUGAAGACUCUGGAGACUCUAAGGAUAUUCGCCUCACCCUUAUGGAAGAAGUAUUGCUCCUGGGACUAAAAGAUAAAGAGGGUUACACAUCUUUCUGGAAUGACUGCAUAUCAUCUGGCCUGCGAGGGGGCAUCCUGAUAGAGCUGGCCAUGCGGGGUCGUAUCUAUCUGGAACCCCCAACCAUGCGUAAGAAGCGACUACUAGACAGAAAGGUACUGCUGAAGUCAGACAGCCCAACAGGUGACGUUUUACUGGAUGAAACGCUCAAACACAUCAAAGCCACUGAACCCACAGAAACUGUCCAGACGUGGAUAGAGCUACUCACCGGCGAGACUUGGAACCCCUUCAAAUUACAAUACCAGCUGAGAAAUGUAAGAGAGCGAAUUGCAAAGAACCUAGUAGAGAAGGGCAUUCUAACCACGGAGAAGCAGAAUUUCCUCCUAUUUGAUAUGACUACUCAUCCAGUGACCAACACAACAGAGAAACAGCGACUAGUGAAAAAAAUCCAAGAUAGUGUCCUAGAGCGGUGGGUAAAUGACCCUCAGCGUAUGGACAAGCGAACACUAGCACUCCUGGUGCUAGCCCACUCCUCCGACGUACUAGAAAAUGUCUUCUCCUCUCUGACAGAUGACAAGUAUGAUGUGGCAAUGAAUCGAGCCAAGGACCUAGUAGAACUGGACCCUGAAGUGGAAGGGACCAAGCACAGUGCCACAGAGAUGAUCUGGGCUGUGUUGGCAGCCUUCAAUAAAUCCUAGAGCCAGCAGGUGGGUUUCUCCUUUUUCCCCUGCUGGGCUGGUGACUAUCAGAGACACUGUCACUGAGUUUUGUGUGAUGAGAUGUUUUUCAUCAUUUUCUUUCCUUCUCUUGAAUCAGACUUGUGAUUUGGGGAAAGCAACUUCAGGGCUUCUCCAUAGACCUUGACCUUUAUAAGCAGACUUUAUUUCUCCUUAUACCUCCACUCCAGAGGUGACUAAACUGGGGGUGAGCCCACACAUCCCCAAUAAACAUUUUCUCUCAUUUCUUAGUUUACUUCAACCUAGUGUGCUUUUGGAUAAGCAAGAUUAUCUAAGUGGUGUUUGCUGUUCUCCAGCCACAGAUUGUGAAUGAGAUGUAGAGCAAACCAUUUAUUACAUUUUUUAAAGUCUGUUUUCUAUCUAAAAUACAUGUUUUCAGUCUUUGUCUCUCAGGCUCUGCUAGGUAAUGUAGCUUAUUGAAAUGACUGCCUCUCUGAAUAAGGGUCAAUGGAAACAAACUAGUUUUUCGAGUAGGUAGUCUCUGGGAUUUUAUUUCCUGUUAGUGAUUUUCUCACUUUCUUGUUCUAACCUAAUGGGAAUAUUCCAAAUUUGAUUACCUGAUUCUCAUAGCCUUAUAAUCAGAAAUACAUUCUAACCUCUUUCUUAGCAUUACCCUACUCCAUCAUUGGACAGAAAUCUAAGUGAAAAAAAAUAUAUCUCUCUCUCAACCACUUCCUUCAUGCAAUCAGCAUUACAAUUUCUAAGGGAAGGAAGUGGUAUCAGAAUUUCCACCUUUCGCACAUGACUAUCCUGAUUCCUCCAGACAAUUUUAAACCUUUCUGCUGUGAUUGAACUGAGAAAGUUGUAAAUUUCAAUUGCUGAAUAGCAGCAUCCUGAAUCUAGAUAAUAUAUCUAAACUCCAGGUUUUCUUUGUUCCCUGUUUUUUGCUUUCUGCAUAAAUUAAUAAAUUCUAUCUAUAUUUAAACAUUCUGGAAAUAAUUUUGUUUAUAUUUAAUCCACAACCAUCUUUCUAUCCAAAUCUCUAAAAUGUUUUUUCAAUAUAGUAGUGAGUGCAAAGAGAAGCUUAUUAAGAAAAAUCCUAUGUGGAGGGUCAGUUUGAUGUCAAAAGCAUGCCCCCCCACUUUUUUUUUUUUUCCAAAAGCAUGCUGAUAUAAAGUUCAGUAUUUGGAAAUAGAGGACCAAAUUGUGCUUAUGUCAAGCAUUUAUUAUGCUAGUACUUGUAAUGGGUCCUGCCUCUUGACCAUUACAGAGAAAUAGGCUGCCAAAGGGCUAAUACAGGUGGCUCAGAGCUGAUAUUAAAUCUUCCUGAUCAGAAAUAAUUUCCAUUUCCUUUCUAAACCUGUUUAACACCCCCAAAAUUGCCGAGCUCAACUUUCUUUUUUUCACUGCAGUUAUCACUUAGGUAACUAGAGAAAUAAAUUGUAACAUGAAACAAACUCUCAAUGUGAGGUGAAGUAGAGCUUUAGUCUGGCUCUCUAAAAAUUCAAAAACCAGUCCAUGUGUUAUCUCUACCUGCCUUAGUUUUUCUUUCCAUUUGAACAAUUUGGCAUGAAUUGAAACCAGGUUUUCCAGUGGAAAGUUUCAGCUUAAUUGGAGGGCAUGGAAGUUGAGUUGAGUUCUUUCUCACAACUCUUAGUCGUAUUUAUUUUUAUAUUGUAUCGCAAUAAAAUGAGGAUGUCCCUAAUCUGCAGAAUGUCCACGGCAUAUCACCUUCUCAUUUAAAGCAUAUGGCCUUCACAUUUCUGUAUAAUAAAGAUAUUGGCUCUCUAGUCUCUCUGUGCAGUUUUACAACUUCAGUUAAUUUAGCUAGAAAUAAAAACUUUCCACACAAGGCCUUUACACUAGGAUACCAACCUCUGUUUCAUUCUGUGUAGAAAAUUAGAAACACAAAUAUUAUAAUUGUAACGUAUAUAGACUGGCGGGGCAGGGCACAUCAAGGCUAACCUGAACACUAACCAAUGUUGUAAAGUCCAAAUAAUGUCUCCAUCCUAAUAAAAAUAAGUUAUCCAACUAUAUAUCAUUUUUA